AUGCCAAAGUCAAAAUGGAAGAUGUCACCCAACGGCGGCCUGCGUUAAUACACCUGGAGGUUACCUCUGCACCUGCCCUUUAGGCAUGACGGGCAAUGGGACAGAAUGCUGGGACAUCGAUGAGUGUGCAGAGGCUGAAAUUAAUGACUGCAGUCGAUACAGCCUGUGUGCCAACACAGAGGGAUCUUACACAUGCCAGUGUGCCCCUGGCUUCCAUGGAGAUGGCUACUCAUGCACAGACCUAGAUGAAUGUGCCCAGGCCUUCACAUGUGACAAUGACACAGAGUGCACAAACACCCCAGGAUCUUAUGUGUGUGCUUGCACCCAUGGCAUUAUGUACCCAGUGGGGGUGUGCUUUGGCCUUCUUGACCCAGUAGGUCGAGCUGCCCUCGAUCAACAUGCAGACUGCACAGCAGUGAAGGGUUCCCUCUACUGCAGCUGCCAACCUGGCUUUACAGGCAACGGUACCUACUGCUAUGACCUGGAUGAAUGUUCUGAAGGUGGCACAGUUUGCCAUCCUAUCUCUAUGUGUCACAACACCUUUGGAUCAUACUGGUGCCAAUGCCUGGAAGGCUAUGAAGGGAAUGGCACUGCCUGCUAUGACAUAAACGAGUGCCAUGGAAAUGACACCUGCCCUGCCAACAGCACUUGCGUGAAUGUGGCUGGUGCCCAUUUCUGUCAAUGCAGCCCUGGAUUCACAGGCAAUGACUCUCUUUGUGAAGAUAUUGAUGAGUGCCUUUCAUUUCAUGAUGAUAGUCCCUGCACCAAUGGCUUGUGCAACAACACUGUGGGAUCCUUUCAGUGUGUGUGUGAUCAAGGCUUCCAGAGCAAUGGCACCUCUUGCACGGAUAUUGAUGAGUGCAUAUUGGGCCUAAUAAACUGCGGCAACCACUCGAUCUGUGUUAACACUGCUGGCUCCUAUGAGUGCUCAUGUCACCCAGGAUUCACUGCCAAUGGGACAGUCUGUAUGGACACGAAUGAAUGCCAAGUACAAGAGACCAUGUGUCAUAGUGAUGCAUUCUGUAACAACACACUGGGCUCCUUCCUCUGUCAGUGCAGAGAUGGCUAUCAAGGUGAUGGGUACGCCUGCUCAGAUGUCGAUGAGUGUCAGGUGGAUGGCAUCUGCCCUUCUGAUUUCCAGUGUUCCAAUACAAAUGGCUCCUAUCACUGCUCCUGCCCACCUGGAUUCAGAAGUGAUGGGCAUUCAUGUCAAGAUGUUAAUGAGUGCAUUAAUCAGACUGGACCAUGCCACCUAGCGGCCACAUGCACCAACCUACCAGGAUCCUACAGCUGUGAAUGUUUAGUGGGCUACUCUGGGGAUGGACAUUCUUGCAGAGAUGUGGACGAGUGUUCAACACGAGAAAGUCUCUGUCACAAGCAAGCCACAUGCAGAAACAGCCUUGGCUCUUAUCACUGUAUCUGCAAAGCUGGCUUUGGGGCCAGUGGGGCAAGCUGCAUUGAUAUAGAUGAAUGCCAGCAAGAGAGAGGACGCUGUCAUGGGCAGGCAGCUUGUGUGAACACUGUGGGCAGCUACUAUUGUGUGUGUGCUCCGGGCUUCACUGGCAAUGGAAGGUCCUGCUUUGACAUCAACGAAUGUGAGGAACAGCAGCCCUGUCCACCAGGAAGCAACUGCAUCAACUUGGGGGGCUCCUACACCUGCACGUGUGCAGCCAGCGCCCCCUGUGGCCUGCCCUUGGUACACGGUGUGUUGUCUCUGUCAACUAGAUUUUCUUAA